CGAACUACAUCAGUUACUUUGCACAGCUUCAACAGUUCACUUUGCCGCAGAAGCAGCUUUUUAGGCGUUCCAUCCAUAUUCGAGUACCCUAUACUGCCAUUAUGAUGUCGAUGAACCUGUUGAAAAUCUUCGCCAUGAUGCUCGUUAUGGCAGUUGUGUUGCCACAAAGCCAAAGCCAACGCACAGUUUGCGGUCCCGCUUUGGACGCUGUACUCAGCACCAUUUGCGUUCAUGGCUUCAAUUCGAAGUUCAAGAAAUCGGUCGAGUGGGACGAUCUGGGAAACAAUGAAGUGGACUACGAGCUGCCCUUCCCCUAUGCGAACUCUCCGUUCUUAGCAAAGAUCCAUGGCGCCCAAUUCGACACUUUGGCCAAGACUCGCCGCCAUCGGGACACGGUCGUGACUGGUGUCUAUGAUGAAUGUUGCAGCAAGGCCUGCAGCUACAACGAGAUUCUCUCCUAUUGCAACACAUAUUAAAAACAAAGCGCCCAGGAUGGAGAAACAUGUCUUCAAUUAAAUAUUUGUAAUACCGAUCCAUACUAAAAUCACUAAAUAUAAUCGAAAAUUCGAAUAAUAAAAGGUCUUCAGGUAAAACAUACCUGUCUCAUUUUAAAUAAAAAACAUAUAUAUGUAUAUAUUUUUACUAAAUAGCUAU